GCCAAACCAACACUUUGUGCCACUCAUCGGUCGCCAAGAACUGAAAAUUGGAACGACCCCAGGCAACUCCGACCAGAGCGAAGAGCGCAAAGAGCGCAAAGAGCGCAAAGAGCGCAGAGCCUGUUGAAAGUAUUUUUUUGUUCAAUUUCCAUCAUUUCAGUACUGCUUUGCACUUGCGUGCAUACUAGCUGGACCCUUCGGAACAGACUCUGAACAACCCAUCAACCACCUCGAUUUGGCUUGAAGUGCCACCUGGGCCUACCAUUCGUAGAACCAGACCUUUGCCGCAGAGCUGCGAUGCAAUGACAUGUUUCGGCGACCUGGGUGUCCUCCUGGGUCUGAGCAUUUUGUGGUCGCGGGUCGAGGCUUCUUGGAGGAGGAAGAGACAGAAGCGCUUGGAUCUCUUGCAAGACCUGGCACGUCGGGUCUUGGGCCGAGAAUUAGUGUCUGGAGGGGGACCUGAAAGCUACGAGAAUACCGUGGCGGAGAGUGUGCUGCGUGCAGUGCGGCAGUACCAGGACCAGCGGCCUAGAUCCGAGCGCUGUGCCCCACCGACCUUCGGAGAAUGCUGUGCUGUGACGCCGGGAUUGAGUGCGGUGCGGUCCUUGAGCAGCUCAGCGGGAGGUUUGCUCAGCCCAAUGCUGCAACACGCCGGCCUGGUGAAGGAUGAGGUGGACGUUGACCCAGAGGACUUACUGUGUGAGGAUGUGAGGUGCUGGCUGAGUUCUACCAGCCGCGGGGAGCUGGAGCGGCACCUGGGCUUCUACCGGCAAGUGCUCAUGCGCCCGGAGGUCUUCGCAGAAGACCCUCGGUUCUUUCACUUGUUGGUCUUCUUGUGUGAGCGGUUGGAAGAGCUUUUAGGCCGUUUGUCUGUGACGUCUAGAGACUGCGCCACACAGCUGGCGAAGGUGAUCUCAAUUGGCAAAGAGCUGCUGGAUGGGUUGCUGCCAGUGCUUUUGCUGUCCAUUUGUGAUUUGUUGGACGGCCCCACGCCGUUGCUGAGCAUUGAAACCCUCCUGAGCUCCAUCGAGACACCGAUCGACGGCUUUGCCAAGCUUUGGGACCUGGAUUGUGGUCGAAUCCUCUACGAGCUGCUCCGGUCCCAGCACUUCCGGGACUUCUGGGAGCUCCGAAGCGACCGAGGCGACCGAGGCCAGACAAAGUUGCUGGACCUUUGGCUGGAGUUGCGGCACUCCUGGGUGGACGCGCUGGAUGAGGGUGAAGACUUGGCACUGGGCAGUGGUAUCCACCAACUCUUUCGCUCCAAGUCCUCCAGGGAGGUGCAACAACAAUACCUCGAUCUCUACAAGCAGCUGGACAACUUGAUCAAGUUCCUUUCGAUGGUGGCACACUAUCGGAGGCUGGCAAACAUUGCCGGCGAUGCUGCCAUGUACCACUUGCGCAGCACACUCCACCACCUCCUGCAAGAGAUCGAGAUCGCAGUGGCGAACACCUUGGCAUUGGUGUCGCGCAUCAUGGAGGAAGUUCGGCGAACUGUCAUGAACAUCACGUCUGGCAACGCCAAAGGUGCGACUGGCCGGACAUUGACGUGGUUGGGAAGGCUUCAAAUGAUUGAUGAACUUUCCGUGGCCAGGUCGGCUACUUCGUUGUUGGAGGCAAUCCAGGAAUUGAGGUUUCUUAGUUCCGAUUCCCGCUUGCCCGAACUUCGCAAAUCGUGUCAACAAAGUUUGCAACAAAUUUGCGAGAUUACUGCAUCUGUGGAAUUUCGAUCGCGAUGUGCCGAGGUUCCGCCAACAGCGCUGUUGGCACCGGAUGUGUUUGUAGGCGACGAUGUGGAGUCACCCAAAGAGGAUCAGAAAUUGGAGAUCUUCGAGGUAGCUGGUGCUCGGAUUGGUCCCCCGGCACACAUGGAAGCUGCUGCCGCACAACCUCUGGAGGCCCUGCGCCAGCCUCUACCUCCGUCAGAGGCCAGCCGGAGUACUCCACCUUCAGAGCUGCAAGGAAAGGAGUGCCAGCAGGAUGAACAGGACCGUUUCUACGAACUUUUCUUUGCGGCCGUCCUGCCACUUCUGGGCGAUGGAACCUCUAUUAGCAUAGAGCAGGCCACAAGCCUUCUACAAAAGGGAGGCUUGUCCGAGCAACAGCAGCAAGAGGCCUUUGAAUCCGUUGGUGCUGAACAGGACUUGGAAAGUGAAGAACUUCGAAGAGUCCUGGAGCGGAUGGCGCGUGUGCAAGAUGGUGACCAGGCCAGUGGCGCUGGUGCCCCACGUCGGAUCCCCUGGAUUCACGGGCUGCUUUGGGACGGCCGGCGGCUGCGGAUUGGAGAAGGUUUCUAUGCACCGUGAGGAGGCCAAAGAGCGGCAAACGGCACUAAAACCACCCUGCUUGUCCAGCAGGAAAGACAAGCAGAACUCUGACAGCAGGAAACAACAGUGGCUAAGUCAAUGUGGAUGUGGCCAAGCACGAAACGCAGUGCCAUGAGGCCAACCAACCAAGGGUGGCCAGACAAUUUCCAC